UCUGGUCACACUUCGACGGCUUUUUUUUUGCAAAUUUUAUUUCCAUAAUUCUUAAGAAUUUGCAAUUGAAAACGGAAAAUAGUAGGAGUUUAUGUGCCCAAAUAGCUAACGUCCACCCAUCAACAUCGGCUCGCGCUUCAGAUGCAACUAUUGUUUUACGUAUCGCUUUCCCCGCUCCUCGAGUGAUCUGUUUCGAUUCGAUCCAAUGUCGGCGUCACAACGCGGCGGCACCAACAACAAAUGAGUUAUAUCGUUCUGAUCGCGGCCAGCUAAUAAAGUGAACGCUUCCCGGCCUCGGGACUCGAAAGCGCCGCUAACGCUGGCCAGUAUUAGUUGGCAUCAUGUCCAGUUCGGUGUUUACGGAGGCGCCCAGCGCCCGGCCGGCGGCUGUUGAUAGCGACUCCAAUCUGGUUGUGGUGUACAGUAAGAAUGGCAUCUCAUUCGACGAGCGCGCCAUCGGGAACCUCAUGGAGGAAAAAUCGAUUUCCACCAUUAGCGUGGUACGCCUCACCUCGCCGACACCUAGCAUGAUGGACCAGGAGGAGACCGAACGGUUAGAGGAGCUGGAGCGAUUCAUGGAGACGGUGACGGACUCUGAAUUCGACAGCGACAAUGGCAGUCAGAGUGACUGCGAGGAUGACGGGAGCGAUGAGGACGUGCCUGAUGAAGAGAAUCAAAACACCGGCGACGAAAACAAUUCGGACUCUACGGAAUCCGAAGUCGAUGUUCCUCGCACGCGACGACGUCCCGGGCGUAAGCCGAAAAUUGUUAAAAAGCGAAAACGCCGAAAGCCAAAGGAACGACCACAAAUUGUGGGCCUACGGGUUGAGCAAUUCUACGCGGACGGCACAGCCGACAUGGUUGUGAAGAACGCAUUAAAGCUCGCCGGCGUUUCUAUUUACAAGCGGACUGCCGAAACGGACGCCCUCUUGGAAGUUAUUCGAAACGAUCACAACUACACUCCAUUUACCACGCCGGAGCAGCUGAGGAACCACAAGAGGGCUGAGAAAAUGUCCACAGAUAUGCAGACCCAGAGUCGCAAAAUCAUCAUGCAGACGUCGGGAAGUUUGAAGCUUCUAAAUGCCAAGAAGCGAGUUCAGGCUACGCCUUUCACUCCCCUGCAGGUGAAGGUCCAGAGACUACCCACCAAGACGGCACAGCCGCCCCCUCCGCAACAGCAGCAUCUACAGUUGCAACCAAAGGUGCACGUGAUACGCAAACCCAUACAGCAGCCACUGCCUAGACCGAAACCAGAGAUUAUUGCGAACAGCAUAGUUAAUGUAAGGCCGACAAGGCCAACUCGCUGCCCCGUCAAGGUAAUUGCCCCUGUGCAGGACUUUAUCGAAGACGAUGACGAUGCCCAGAGCUCGGAUCCGGCCGAUGAGGAAAAUGCCGACAAGUCCUAUGACACUGAGGAGAUGACCGAGGACAGCGAAGACGGCCAGGACUCGGACAACGACAGGGAUAGCGACAUGGACUUCCAGAUGAGGCGCAGCGGUGGCCGCAACCCCAACAAGAAAAAGCGGGGCAGAAAAUCGGGCAGACCGGCAUCCCAAGCCAAGCCAGCAAAACUUCAGCCCCCGCCUCCCUCCACGCCUAAGGUUUUUCCCGAGGUAAAGCGACGAAAGGAGAUAGUGGAACAAAAGGCUCCUCAGAUUGGGCAAAUCAUAAACCUGCCUCCGAAAGCGCCGACUUCAGUUAUUGCCUUGGGUAGAGGUCUCCCCAGCACCUCGUUUCUUAAAUUUAGAGCCACACAUCAAGCGCUGCCCGUGCGUAAACCUCGGCUGCCAACAGUGACGGUUCCUGCCAAAGACCGCAGCUUGCCCGUUGUGCAGUUGGGACGUGUCGUAGCCAAUCCCGGAGUAUUCACUAACCAGCCGCAGGAUGUCAAAGAGAUUAUCAUCAACAAGAACAUGGCAAGCCCAAAGGGUGUGUUCACCAAUCUAAACAGUUUGCUGGGCGAAAAUCACAAUUCUAACAAAUCCUCUCCCGAGCCGGCCCGUCAUCGGGCCGUAAUGUCGCCCAGCACUCCGAAGUCUACUUUCAACAGGCAGGCGACGCAGUCAACGCCGAUUAUGGUGCCGCCCGUAACCAAUACCACGCAAGCUUCAACCCCAUCCAAGGGCUUUAUGCCCAUAGGCGUGAACACAGCCCAGUCACACAAGUUGCCUGCUCAAAUUGUGAUUGAGACGCAUCAAAGUUCCUCUGAACUAGCGGCGGAGAACGACAAGCAGUUAGAUCUUAUCAACUCCAUUGUCCAGGAUGAACUGCUGAAGACGACACUGGUGGACCAACCGCCAGCUGUAAACGCUGUCGAGGAUAUACCGAAAUUGGUGAAAAUGCUGGAAAGUACUGCGGCGGGUUUAGAUUCGGCGCCACCGCAAAACUUUGUCGCUGCAGAGAUGCAGAGUGGCGCGAAUUCCGUUGCAGAUGAUCAAAUUGACAUCAUAGAUGCGCCAGACGAAGAUGAGAUUACGGCAGAUUUCCUGCAGCAUGUGGUCGGCCUAAUCGAGGAAGACAAACAGUUUGAGGCAGAGGUGGUGAAGCAGGUUUUGGCUAGUGCCGAGCCAGGUACGCUAGACGCAAUGGUGUCGAUGCCCACACCAGUAGAGCCUGUGUCCCUGACACCAGUCCCAUCGGUUCCGGUAAGACCUCAAGCAAAUAUUUCGGUGAAUAUCGUACCUGCAGAACAUCCGAUGCCAUCCCUCCCAAUGGCAUGCAGCACACCCUCAAGAAGCUUGGCCAGCACCACCACUGCGAAAGUGGUCCGCGGAAAUGGACGCAUCAUUUACCUGCCCCCCAUGGAAGCGCCAACCACGCGUGCCAAGCGGAGAGCUCAGUUUCCAUCAGCUUCGCCCACAACAAGUACGGGGGAUCUGAGCAAUUUGUCCUUCGGUGAACCGACACUGGACACCAGCACCCAGAGCAACGAGAGCCAGAGUGCAUUUGGACCGAAAAGGCCAAACCCCAGAGAACCAUCAAUGGCCAGGCGCUCAACGGUGCCCAGGAGAUCAAAGAAGCUGAACACGAGCCAAAGCAACGAUCCAGAAGCUUCAGAAUCUCAAGAGGAUGACGAUGACCCCAACAAGCUAUGGUGUGUUUGCCGGCAGCCGCACAACAAUCGUUUCAUGAUAUGCUGCGAUCUGUGCGAGGAUUGGUUCCACGGCACAUGCGUGGGGGUGACCAAGGCCAUGGGCACCGAUAUGGAAGACAAGGGCAUCGAUUGGAAGUGUCCGAAAUGUGUUAAAAAACAGGAAGAGAAGAGUCAACCACGCAUCACCGACAUGCUGGUCUCGAGGUCAACCUUUCAAACAGAUGAGAAAUUCAAUGAUACCAAAGUUCCAGCCGAAUCUCCUCCAAAUCCCAGAAGGUUACUGCCGGUAGGGGUUCCUGUGGCUAGUUCUCCCCUGCGUAGCCCAAUGAUAAAGCCAGUAAAGAAAUUUCCAGCAGCCACGAAUCCACCCCAGCAGCAGCAGCUGAACUUCAUCAAGCUGCCGCCUGGUGACUCCAACUGUGUGCUCUGCAAGCGGCCGGCGGCUUCCAAUUCCGUUUACUGCAGCGAAGAUUGCAUACGAAAGUAUGCACAAAACGCAAUUCACGCAAACAGCUCAGUAAAAGGUCGCCCCGAUUCCCCAAUGACGAAUACUGCCAACGUUCAAUCGCCCUUGCAUCAUGCCUUGGAGGCAAAGAAGAAUAAGAAGAAGGAUCUCUUUGAGGACAUGCUGCGACAGGCGGACUCCGUGUCCAAAGUGGAACGGAUCAAUGUUUUUGAACGUAAAAGUGGGCGUAUGAUAACUGGCCAUUUGGCCCCCACCGCACUUCAGUUUCGCAAGUGGCUGCAGGAGAAUCCUACCUUCGAGGUGAUGCCCUCAGGAAUCAUUCAAUCCCCAGAUCCAGAGAAGCACCAGCUGAAGCGAGUUCCGGAUCCAUAUUCACCUGCCGUCGAGACAACAUCAGUAACAGUCACGAAAAGGCCGGUGGAAGGUGCAAUAAAGUCUCCCUUGCCGACGACAAGCACUUCGAUGGUUCGACCCCAAAUGGUGGCCAGGAAAGAAAGGGAGAAGGAGAAGCCACCAAACACCCCAAGUCGAUCCAGCGGUAAACCCGAACCCAUUAGACCCGGCAUUCGACGCUCCCUCAAGGAGCAGCUGCUGGCGCGGAUAAAGGAGGCUCAGACGGUGGAACUUGCCUCGGGCCAAGCCACAACAACGUGGCUGACAGACAUCGAGGUGGAUCAGUUCGUGCAGGACGUAGAGACUGAAAUGUUCAACUCGUUCGGACGCGACGUAGGUGCCAAGUACAAGGCGAAGUAUCGGUCGCUUAUGUUCAACAUCAAGGACCGCAAGAACCGGACCCUGUUCGAGAAGAUCUGUGCCAAGCAGGUGGAACCCAAGCAGCUGGUGCGUAUGACGCCCGAGCAGUUGGCCAGUCAAGAGCUGGCCAAGUGGCGAGAGGAGGAGAAUCGACACCAGCUGGACAUAAUCAAGAAAUCCGAACUGGAUUUACUGUCAUGUGCCCAAAACUAUGUGGUGAAGACCCACAAGGGUGAGGAGGAGGUGAUCGCCCCCAAGAUGGAUGUGUCGCUGCCCGAAGAGGAAAUCAGUCAACCAAAGCAAGUUGACAGAAAGCUAACAUCACAGAUCAGCGAAACGGACAUCUCCAUAAUGGAGCGUUCCAGCUCCCGGGAGAAGUCUGCGUCAUCCAAGGAGAAGCGCCACAAGAGCCACAAGCACCAUCAUCACCGCAAAAGAAGUCGCAGUCGGUCCAGUAGCCGAGGUCGAAGCACCGAGAAGCGUCACCGCAGGCAUCAUAACGAAGCAGAGGCAGGCGGAGGAGAACGGGAGCAUCGGUCCCAGGAUAAAAACAACAAGGAAAAAGAGGUGCAUGUCCUCUCGGCCUCGCCCUUGCCCAAAAAGAAGGACGAUAUUGAUCAAACACCAGUGUCGAAGAAGACGCCGGAAAAAAAGUUGGACGCCAGUGCUUACAACCUUAUUGAUCAGAUCCUGGAGUCUGAAAAAACGGUUGAGCAGGCAGCAAAUCUGGGACAAUCCGCCAAGCCCUCACUCAAACCGCUUUCCACGCUCCCAAGCUCAUCGAAAAUCGACGAACCGAUGGACCGGUACUCCCGCUAUAUAAAAGGUCUAACCACCAGCAAGCUAUGGUCCGGGAAUCUAAAGAUGAUUGACGUGACCGACUUUGAAGUGGUCAUGCACCCUGUUCUUGGCGACAACCAGAACCUUGGCAACCUGCUACCGAUCCAACUGAACGUGAUCGGACGCAUUACCCGCGUCAAUGUCUGGGACUACAUCAAGAAGUUAAAGAAGAGUCGUUCCAAAGAGGUGGUCAUCGUGCAUAUACUACCCUCUUCACCGAGCGAGACUUCCAAAUUUGAUCUGUUCUUCGACUACCUUGACUCGCGACAGCGACUAGGAGUCCUUGGAGUAGAUUCAGAUCAGAUUCGAGACUUCUAUAUCUUUCCGUUGGGCUCUAGCGACGAAUUGCCGCCAGCUCUGUUGCCAACGGAUCGUGUGCCCUUCUACGAGGAUGCCCAGAGACCAAACACGUUCCUGGGGAUCAUUGUACGUUGCCUAAGCAAGCGACCUACCCCGCCUCUGCCAUCUUUGCCAUUGCCCCAGCCAGGGUCGACGGCCAACACAAGCAGCAAGUUGUCGAAGAAGUCCCGCAACCCACUUACGUUUACGCCUCCAAGUAGCCCCAAACGGAAAGCAAGCACACACUCCACCAGCUCGAAGGAUGAUGAGUUCGAUAUUGACGCCAUUAUCAAGGCGCCGAUUGCCAAGCUUCAGAGGAGUGUCCCGAAAAUUGUGGCCACGCAACCAGUGAAGGAUGACUCCAAUGAGCCCUACUCUCCCGGCGGCUCCGACGACGACGAAUUCACGCCGGUUGCUCCUCCAAGAAUCUCCAAUGAUCUGGAGCGGCAAGUGGAUGAAAUCAAUAAACAAAUUGCCGCGCAACAAAUGGAAAUCGCAGGCCUGCUGCAGCCUUCAGUUUCAGCGUCCUCAUCGAAUGCAGUUUUAGCCAGCAUAUCGAUACCCGCCAAUCUAUCCAAGAUCCUGGCCAGUAUCAAGGACAAGAGAGACACAUCGGCCGGUGUUGACGACGGGGAUGAUGAAUACAAUCCUGAGGACGCCAUCACCACGAGCAGUUCAUUUCCACCAACAGCGAAGUCGAGUAGCAAAGGCCGUUUGGCGCAUCUAAGUGAAGCUGAGCUUCUUAGCAUGGUGCCGGACAAUCUGGCAGGCGUGAUGCCCAGUACAUCGAAGAUCCGUCACUCGCUGCCGCCGCCGCCACCUCCGCCUCCGGGUGUGUAGGAAGCCAGCCACACGAAAGUAGACUCUAACUAACCCGCGCGCCAACUCUUUACUAGUUAUUAGUUUCGGAAUGAAAUUCACAACGCCUCUUGAUUUGAAAACGUCCCUCGCCGCCUCCCAUUGUGUACAUUCUCGUCCUGCGAAUUCGAUACCAUCUCUGUAUUAUAUCUGGCAAUCGGAACAAUUUAGUUUUCAGUCCCUUCUCCCCAAGCCAAAAUCACGCCACACCGCCCUCUUUGAUUCAUAUUUUGUUCGCAUUGCAAUGCAAGUUAGGAAUCAGUUUUCAAAUUACAUAUUAACUCGUGUACAUUUCCUUGAAAAUAAAAAGUGCUACGUAACAUUUGUUUUAGGGAUACGUGAA